AGGAACCCGCCCCCAGCGUUCACGGAACCAAAUCCCCAUCCUCUCGUCUCUUGAUGGCGCCAUUACCCUCGGUUUCCGAUCUCACGGUGGAAGAAUACGUCUUUCCGGCGACGGUAACGCCGCCGGAAUCAGAGAAGACUCUCUUCCUGGCUGGCGCAGGGGUGAGAGGGCUGAACAUCCAGGGGACGUUCGUCAAGUUCACGGCUAUCGGAGUCUACGUGGAAGCGGCGGCCGUUGACGCCCUCCGUCCCAAAUGGGCGUCCAAAUCCGCCGACGACCUCGAGACAUCUGAAGAAUUCUUCAAGGACAUCAUCAAUGGGGCCUUUGAAAAGUUCACUAGGAUCACAUUGAUCAAACCCUUACGUGGUGAAGAGUACACUUCCAAGGUGGUCGAGAACUGCGUUGCAAUCUGGAAGUCUGCUGGGAUCUACACUGAUGCCGAGGCCCAGGCUGUUGAAAAACUCAAGGAGGUCUUCAAAGAACAAGUCUUCCCUCCUGGUUCCUCCAUUGCCAUGAAGCACUCGACCACCGGCUCCUUGACCAUUGCGUUCUCCAAGGACACUUCUGUGCCGGAAAAAGGGGUUGCAGUGAUUGAGAACAAGGCACUAACGUUGUCCUUUUUGGAGUCAGUCAUCGGGAAACACGGCGUAUCUCCCGCAGCAAAGAGAUCUGUAGCAGAGAGGAUCUCUGGCCUGCUGAAGUGUGCUGAAGCAUAGAAGACGCAUCCAAGCGGAGUGGAUAACGAGAUCAUGUAAUUGAUUAGCCGCUGUUGAAUAGAAUAAAAGGGAUGCCAGUAAUUAAUCACCUUUGUCUUUGGCAUGGUUGAAUCUUUAACGUGGGUUGGCUAUUUUGCUAUGUAAUGGUACUAGCACAUAGUUUAUGGGCAACUCAAUUUCUGGCUUCGAGUCUC